CUUCUCCAUAUCUGGGAGUUUCCAGGAAAGGUCAGGUGGACUCUUACUCUUGUACAAAGACAGUCAAUUUCAGAUUUUGUACUCGCCGGACACUUUCAUCCUCAUUCAGCGAUGACCGCAAAGAGGCAGUAUGAAUGGCGAAUGCUAUUUCUGAUCGUCACAGUACUUCCCUGCUGCAGGAGUUUGGAGGUUUCUAUUCCAGAGAAAGAAUACGAGGUUACAAGAGGAGCUGAUAUUACUUUGACCUGUUUCUUCGUCCCGGCCAGACCAGUCACCAAAGCUUUCCUCCUCUCGUGGGAAGUUUUCCCUGAGAAAGCAGGUGACCCCGUGCGCUCAGUGGCGACCUACUUUAACAACAACCCGAUUGACAUUGCACCUAAUUAUGAAGGCCGAGCCUUUAUGGAGGUGGACUUCAACCGACAAGUGAGCACACUGCGCCUGACAAAUGUGAACAUACAGGACAACCGCGUCUACCAAUGCAGUGUGAAGAUCCCAAAUGAUGAUGAGGGAACACCAUCUGCCACCACUUCCCUUUUGGUCCUGGUGCUUCCCUCUAAGCCAAUCUGCAAGAUUCUGGGAGAAGCAGUGUUCUUUCGGGACAUUACUCUCACUUGCAUGUCUGAGGAGGGAUCACCUGCACCCCUCUAUGAAUGGACCAGAUACAGUGUCCAAAACACUCUCAGACCACUUCCGCCAAAGGCAACUGAAAAGGAUGGAGCUCUAUCCCUCUUCAAUAUUUCAAGUGAUACAUCUGGGUUCUACAUUUGCACGUCAGCAAAUCGGAUCGGUUCUAACAGCUGCAACUUAACUUUAGCUGUUACGCCCGGCAGUAUGAACGUUGGGUCCACUGCAGCUAUAGUUGGGGGAGUCCUCGCAGGUGUUGUGAUACUGGGGAUUUUAAUCUACUGUUGCUGCUGCAAGAAAAAGGGCAACAAGGAACAGUAUGCUGAAGGUGACCCUGGUGAAACUGCUUAUUAUGACAGAGAUGGUUCUGAAGCUGGAGAGCCGUACCGGGAUGACAAGUCAAACAGCGUGACGAAACAGGCCAAUGAGUAUGAGGACAAAGACAUCGUUCCUCAAAACAACUACAUCGUUAAUAGAGCUGUACACAAGUCAGAGGAUGAUGAACACAGUCAUUAUAGUGGUAAAGAAAACAACGAUGGCCCGGGCAGUGAUGUUGACUCUCGACGUUAUCAGGACAACCAGCGUGAUCACCACCGUGGAAGUCGUGAUAACCUUGAUGAUGAACGUGAUCGUUACAGUGGCAGUCGUGAUGGACUUGAUGAUAAACGUAACCAUGGUAGUGGGAGCCGCGAUCGCCUCGAUGAACAACGCAAUCGUUACGGAGGCAGUCGGGAUCGCCUCGAGGAUGAACACGAAGCUUACCGAGGCAGUCGGGAUCGACUGGACGAUCAGCGCGAUGCUUACCGAGGCAGUCGGGAUCGACUGGACGAUCAGCGCGAAGCUUACCGAGGCAGUCGGGAUCGACUGGACGAUCAGCGCGAUGCUUACCGAGGCAGUCGGGAUCGACUGGACGAUCAGCGCGAUGCUUACCGAGGCAGUCGGGAUCGACUGGACGAUCAGCGCGAUGCUUACCGAGGCAGUCGGGAUCGAUUGGACGAUCAUCGCGAUGCUUACCGAGGCAGUCGGGAUCGACUUGAGGUGUGACCGGUCUUGCUAAGAAGCCACGAUCGUCUCAAUUAUACCGACGAUUAAAACAAAAGCCGGCAAAAAUAGCCUUGUGUUACUGAAUAUACACUCCUUUUUAAUGCACUAAAAAUAUUUUUCUGGGUUUAGGUAUUGACCUCAAGCACUCAGUCACGAUGCGAUCAUACUGGGUGUUUGGGAAGUUUGCAAACGACGUAGUAGAGUUGGUGGAGUUUUUCAAAAUUUUAAGCGGGCUACAUCAAAUGUCCCUUGCUAAGAAGCCAGCGCAAGCAGUAGUCCCACGAGCACACCUGCUAUGCCUAUUGGUAGGAAAACAAGUUGCUUUGUGUCUCAUUCACGCAACUUCACGCAAAUAUUCUGAAUUGUCAUCCAAAAAGCCAACGCUCAAUUAAUGACCAGGGAACUGUGGCCGAGCUAAAUGGACCCCUAGUCUCGUUGAUUCAGCAAAAUUCUUUUUUUUUAAAGUUUUGCAGUAAUUAAUCCAGGUCUGACCGGGUGUUUAAAGAGGCCAACUAUAUUUGAUUCACACAAAUCAACCUGUUAACUUCUGACCCUGUCACACCUGUUGCAUUGGACUAACACUUUUUUACCUGAGCUGUUUGUUUUACCCGUGGCGAAAACUUAUGUUGGUGAGUGUGGUUGCUAGGGGCCCCAUACCAGGUCCCCAAGUUUGAUUAAAUGUAAUUGUGUUUAAGAUGAUGAUGAUGAUAAAUAGUUUAGAUACCUGUAAUUAACGAUUUAAGGUUUUAACAUGGAUACCCGUGGUCUUUAAUUAAAUGUAUACUAACAGUGCCAUCACACUUUUUUACUGCUUUGUAUUUUCCUUAAAGUCAAUCAAUGUAAAUUGGUCAUUGAACACCAGCCAAUAAUUAAUAUAAAUAUAGCUCACAUGUUCAGGACACUUAUCUAUGAAUAAUACUGAAGUAAUUUGGGGACUGUUGUUAAACAUUGUUUCAGUCAAAAGGGAUUGCUCUUUUUUAAAUCAGCCAUAUAUAUUGUGUACAUUAUCUUCUGUGGUUUGUGAUAGAAAAUAAUGAAGUGCAUCAGCUGUACUGUAAACCUAGAUUUACAGCUUUUUUUGUUCAUCAUUUAUUAAAACGUCUGCUAUGCCCAUAGUUCGAGUCGGUUAAUAAAAGUUUUUAUUGUGUGAUUUUUGUGCGAUAGAUGAUUCCUCAUGAUAGAAAAUGUCUUCUUUUAUUAUAAUGAAAAAAUAAUUCAAUAAAAAAAUAAUUAAAAAGUGGCUCAAACUUUGCCGUUUCUGUGCAGGGAAAUUACUUAUAACUUGCAGCCAAGUGACACCAGA